CGAAUGGAGAAAAUGCUACACUAGAUUAUCUCCAAUCGUAUUUCUAAAACUCAUGUAGUUGUAGAGUCUGAUGUUGAGACGUCAUGCCCCUUCGACCACUUCUAGAGCCACCCUAACAAUUAGUCAUAUUAUUAAAAUAAACUUUUACCUAUAAAUGCAUCCAUGCCUUCUUCUUCAGUUCGCAGACUCACAAUGGCAGCAAUAUCCAACUCCUUGCCACUGAAGCAGGGUCUCUCUGUCGGGCGUCCCCAAUCAACCUUUCUCACUCGCACUCGUGCUCGUCCUCCUUCAACUUCUCUCGCAUUCAGAAACUUCCAAAGAUGUUACGCCGCUUUCGCAAAUGAGAAUCGCGAGUUCGUUAUUGUUGGCGGUGGAAAUUCCGCGGGUUAUGCUGCGCGCACUUUCGUCGAGCACGGCAUGGCUGAUGGUCGCCUUUGUAUUGUGACCAAAGAGCCAUAUGCACCCUACGAGCGUCCCGCUCUGACGAAGGCCUACUUGUUCCCGCCGGAUAAGAAACCAGCGCGUCUUCCCGGUUUUCACACUUGUGUUGGAUCUGGUGGUGAAAGGCAGACUCCGGAGUGGUACGAAGAGAAUGGGAUUGAGAUGUUGUAUAAAGAUCCAGUAAAAGAUAUUGAUAUUGAAAAGUAUACUUUGACAACAGAGUCUGGAAAACUUGUGAAGUAUGGUUCACUUAUUAUUGCUACAGGAUGUACGGCAUCAAGGUUUCCUGAGAAAAUUGGGGGAAACCUACUUGGUGUUCACUAUAUCCGGGAUGUUGCAGAUGCUAAUGCACUGAUUUUGUCAUUGGAAAAAGCAAAAAAGGUUGUAGUUGUUGGAGGUGGUUACAUAGGAAUGGAGGUUGCUGCUGCAACUGUUGGUUGGAAACUUGAUACAACAAUCAUAUUUCCUGAAGACCACCUUUUACAAAGACUGUUCACUCCUACUCUUGCCCAGAGGUAUGAAGAACUAUAUCAAAAGAAUGGAGUCAAAAUUUUGAAGGGUGCCUCAAUACAAAAUUUGGAAGCUGGUUCUAAUGGACAUGUAGCUGCUGUGAAACUUAGGGAUGGAUCUAUUGUGGAAGCAGAUACGGUGAUAAUAGGCAUUGGGGCCAAACCUGCUGUGAGUCCCUUUGAGAGGGUGGGUCUGAAUACGGAUGUUGGUGGUAUACAGGUUGAUGGUCUUUUCCGGACAAACAUUCCUGGAAUCUUUGCAAUUGGUGACGUAGCAGCUUUCCCUUUAAAGAUCUAUAAUCGUAUUGCACGAGUGGAACAUGUAGAUCAUGCUCGUCGCUCAGCACAGCACUGUGUGAAAGCAUUACUCACUGCACAGACUCACACGUAUGAUUAUCUUCCAUACUUCUACUCACGGGUUUUUGAAUAUGAAGGGAGCCCUAGGAAAGUAUGGUGGCAAUUCUUUGGAGACAAUGUUGGAGAAACAGUUGAAAUUGGAAAUUUUGAUCCUAAAAUAGUUAUCUUCUGGAUUGAAUCUGGUAAGCUGAAAGGAGUUCUUCUAGAAAGUGGGAGCCCUGAGGUACUGAUCAGUUGCUGCCGUAUUUCAACAAUUCACAAUGUAGUAGAUAUUAGAAUUAGAUAUGUACAUAUGCAGUUGUUUGCCAAAAGAUGGUGGCAUGUUUAUGGAAAAGUGGAAUUUCAGCUCCUGCCUAAACUAGCCAGAAGUCAGCCUUUGAUUGAUAAAGCCAAACUUCAAAAUGCAACUUCAGUGGAGGAGGCCCUAGACAUUGCUCGGGGAUCCUUGCAAGUUGAAGCUGCUGUCUAGUACGGAACUUGGUAACAUCAUCUUGUAAUUUAUCUUCUUUUACGGCUAGAUUAUCAGUGACUAUCUGUCAUCAUCUGCGUAGGGUUUACCCCUUAAAAGAGAGAAUAAUUUUUAUGAUAGUUCUCAUCUCAUCUUGGUCACAUGGCAUUCUAAAUGGGGAUCAACUUGAAUGUCUAAUUUGGAUUUGAUCUAGCGCCGUUCGGCGUCUAUGAAAUCUUUUAUUAGUUUAAUAUACCCUUUACUUU